AUGUCUGAGUUUGAGCAGCUACAAGACGAAGAGAUUGAGGCUUUGACGGCUGUGUAUCCCGAUAUACUAACGUACAGCCCUACUCCUGCCGGGAAAGAAAUCAAACUAGACAUCUCGAUCGAACUUGAACAUGAACGAAAAUUCGAACUCGUAUCGAGCGUUGCAACGGAUACGUCGUCCCCGGGAGCAGGUCCAAGCCACGCACCCGCCGCUCAUUCGCCCGAUUCGACCAUCGAGACGACACUGACGCAUCUCCCUCCGCUUCUGAUUACGGCCGUCCUCCCACCGAGUUAUCCACGCACGAAACCCGUUAUUCAGAAUAUCUCAGCAAGACACGCAUGGCUCUCCCCUGCCCUCGUACGAAAACUCGCGAUUCGGCUGGGCGAGAUGUGGACUCGAGAGGAGGGGGAAGGAGGUAUACUGUGGCAAUGGGUCGAAGACGUUCGGUCCGGGGCGUUUCUCGAAUCCACACGGGAUCUCGCGCACCCGUCUCCGAAAAUACUGCUUUCGCACCUCAUCACGCACCAAGCGACGGCGAAGCAGGCUCGGUUUUCGGCGCAGGCGUAUACGUGCGGGAUCUGUCUCUCGACGCAGCGCGGGUCAAAGUGUAUCCAGCUCGACUGUCCCAACGCACAUGUGUUUUGUUUAGGGUGUUUGAAGGAGUUUUGGGGGAUGUGUGUGUCGGAAGGUGAUGUGACCAAGGUCGCUUGUCCGGGAGUCGAGUGCGUCAAGGCCAAGAGUGAUGUGGGGGACGUUGGAGAGGAUGUUGUUCGUCGAGUGUUGACCGAUGAACAAGUUGCGAGGUGGAAGUGGCUGAGGAUCAAGCAUGCUGCUGAAAAAGACCCUCAUUCUGUGCCCUGUCCGGUACGGAUGUGUCAAGCGCCGGUCCCGCGACCGCAGGCGGCGGUCAAUGACGAGACCGGGUGGUCCCGGCUCCGAACAUGCGAUGCGUGCGGGUUUGCGUUUUGCGUAGCUUGCAAGAGGACAUGGCACGGACCGGUUUCGCGCUGCGCGAUUACUCAGACGCGAGAGUUUGUGGAGGCGUACGUAUCGUUACCCGAGGGAGAUCCUCGACGACGGGCGCUGGAGGGGCAGUACGGGCGCAAGGUGCUGGAAAGAAUGGCGCAGGAGUAUCGAGACGAGAAGGAAAAUGAGGCGUGGUUAAAGGAACGGACGACGGCGUGUCCGCGGUGCGAGACUCGGGUGGAAAAGAGUGAAGGAUGCAAUCAUAUGACGUGUGCUCGGUGCUCGGUGCACUUUUGUUUUCGGUGCGGAGCGAAACUGCAGGCCGAGUCGCCGUACACGCAUUUCUCGGUGCCGGGGAGCUGCUACGGCAAGCUGUUUGACGUUGAUGCGUCAAGUUGGGACCCGAACGAGGGGGAUCUGCUGAGAUUUGCGGUAGAAUAA